AUGUCAAAACCUAAUGUAUUGAUUCUCGUUCCGGAGAACGGGGAGCCUCUUGUCUCGAACCUCCGCAUUGCCGACAAAGUCUCAGUCAAUCCACCAACAACAUAUAUCGGCAGUGCUGCCAGGCGCGCACUUGAGAAUCCUGUUGUACAAUAUCAGCAAGCCAAUCUGAAAAUUCCAACUGUCGUUUCCAAAGUGUUUGAUCCUCCAGAAGGCCAAGAGCCAUACUCUUACGUAUUUGAUUGCACUGGAGAGCUCUCUUAUAUGCGAGAAGACCCCGUUCAAAUUGAUUUCACGGCCAUGAUUGCCCACUUGAUUGGUACAGAGGCGGCUCGAAGAGGUGUCAAAGCCUAUGUCCGCCUCACCCAUCCUUUUUACGAUACAUCCAUAGAGAAGGUUACUCACGACGAAAGGGAAAGGAUCAAGCCAUUGGGUACUCGUGGGACAUGGUGGCAUGAGACGCUUCGUAUUUUGGCUUCUAUUGAAAACCUGAACCUAGUAAUACUGCGCAUUGGCGCUAUCUAUGGACCAGGCAACAAUUGGGGAAUAAUAACGCCUCGCAUCGCUCUUGGCCCAGUGUACAAGCAUUUAAAUAUCGAAAUGAAGUAUCUAUGGAGUGGUGGUCUUCGAUUAAACACAAUUCAUGUCGACGAUGUAGCUGGAGCAGCGUGGGCCUGCGCCAAGUGGGUUGCUGAACGGGGCCGUGUGAAGGCCAACGAGGAGGCGGGCGAGGAGAUCCAUUUCUUCAAUGACAGGGCCAAGUGCUCUCAGGUUCCCUUUGUCCCACCUCCUGCGAGCGUGCCAGUCGCACCACUUUUCAACCUGGUGGAUGAUUCGGAUUCAACGCAGCAAACAAUCGGUCAGCUUAUUGCCAGCAUGUUUGAUGUUAAAUUUGGAUUCCAUGGAUUUAUCAUGAACACGUUGGCCAAGGUUGAUCUUGAAGCCAUGAUCCAAGACAUAAACGACAUGCACGUCUCAACCUGGUUCACGCUCUGCCAGAAUUCUACCCCUCCAAUCCCUCCUACUGGUCCUAUUUCUCUAUUUAACGAAUCACACUCCUUUGGGAUGCACUCGGUUGCAUACUCCAACACCAAGUUCAAGCGCAUAAUACCGUACACGCUCGCACACCCCCAGUUCAAUCGUGAAGAAGUGCAAGCUACGAUCGACAGUUUCAAGGCGGAGGGCAACUGGCCGAAUAGUACUUAG